AAAAAAAUAAGUUUUGUUGUCUAUAUUAUUUGUUCAGAUAUGGCGAGGGAUAACGAACUCCGUCCACUAUGGUUGGAACCUCUACUAGAUAAUAAUUUUUAUGAACAUGAUUGUAUAUGUGAGGUACAUAAUCAAUAUUGUACAUUUUUUUGUAAAAUGUGCAAAAACAAACCUCUUUGUGAAUCAUGUUGGAGGGUUGAUGCAGAAGCUGAACAUGAACUUCACCAAUUUUUACAGAUAUUUAAAGUAUCGGAAAAAGCAUCGGUUCGAAAAGCUGAUAUAGAAAGUGAGGUAGAUGUUAGGAAAAUUCAGCCGUAUGUAAUAAACAAUCACAAAGUUAUAUUGCUGAAGCCAAAAGGAGGAAACGGGGGAAACCCUAAGUGCGUCAUAUGCGAAGGAAAAAUCAAGGAUGAAUUCUAUGAUUAUUGCUCAGUUUCUUGCAAAAUAAUUGGAGAUACAAGGCAACUCGACAAGGUUGAACUUGCUGGAAAAUAUAAUAGAAGAAAGAGAACGCCCUGUAGAUCACCUUUGCUGUAGAAUGAUACUUGCAAUUUUAAAUCAGUUUACGUUUUAAUUUUCUAGGGUAAAAUUUGUUUAUAUGUUUCUCAACACGACGAUAUAUCUAUAACUCAAUUUCAUAUA